UAAAUAUUUUUAAACUAAAACUAAAAAGUAUAUUCUUUUAGAACUGAAAAUCUUUGACAAAAAUUAAAAUUCUUUCAAAAACUGUAUCUCAGUUUAAUAUUAAUAUAUUGUAAAAAAAUUAAUGAAUUCAUUAUUUAUUAUUGUUGCAGAUAUAUUUCAUAUUGUUUAAAUUUUUUCUAAAUUAAAACAAUGUUAUUUUUAGUAAAUUUUCUUCCAAGUAUUUUAUUAAUCCUUCUAUUAAUUAUUAUUUUUCAACAUAUUAAAAAUAAAGAUUUUUAUAAAAAAGCAGCUCUUUUACCUGGACCACGAACAAUACCACUAAUUGGUAAUGCUCAUUUACUUUUUGGAAAAAAAUCAAAUUUAUUAAAUAAAUUAUAUAAAAUGUAUGAUUUAUAUCCUUCAUUAUUUAGAUUAUGGAUAGGAAAUUCUUUAAUUAUUACCAUUUAUGAUCCUGAAAAAAUUGAAGCUGUUUUAAAAAGUUCGAAAAUUUGUGAGAGACCAAAAUAUUAUAAAUUAUUUGAACAUCAUGUUGGUAAAGGAAUAUUUACAUUAUCAGUACCAAAAUGGCGUUUGCAUCGUAAAUUGAUUUUACCAGCUAUUAAGAAUUUACAUUCAUGUAAUGAAAUUUUUCAAAAACAUGCCAUUAUGUUUUUGAAAAUUAUAGAUGAUAAAGAAAAUGGCAAAGAAUUUAAUGUGGCACAAUACACAUCGAUAUAUUCUAUGAAUAUUAUAUUAGAACGUAUCAUGAAUGAAACAGUAAAUUUAGGAUUCGAUGAAACACAAACACAUGUUGCACAAUUUAAAAGUGCACUCAAUUCGAUGACAUACAAAAUACUAAAUUCAUAUUUUUUGUUCAAUUUUCAAAUAUCGAAAAAUUUGACGAAAGAUAUUGAUCCUGUUCAUAAAUUGAUAGAGAACAUGAUUCAUCAGAAGAGAAAAUUUUUCAUUGAAAGUAUGAAUGAAAAAAUAAAUGACAAUAAAAUUUGUAAAACAAAAUCAUUUUUUGAUUUUUUAAUGAAAAAAUCAUUUUUGGAAAAUCAAUUGACUGAACAAGAUGUACUGGAAGAAGUUAAAACUAUCAUUGUUGCGGGAAGUCACACUACCGCUGUUGUAGCAGAUUUUGCAAUGCGAUUAUUGGCAUCAUUUCCUGAAGUACAAGAAAAAGUUCGGCAAGAAAUUAAGGAAAUUUUCGGUGAUAUUAAUUUAGAAGACAAGCUAAUCACGAAUGAAGAAUUAUCUAAAAUGGAUUAUUUAGAAAGAGUAAUUAAAGAAACAAUGCGUUUGUUUCCUGCAGGUCCAACUAUUUCACGUAAAGUCACAGAGGAUUUUAAAAUUGGAGAAUAUACAUUGCCAAAAGGUAGUAAUGUAAUUAUACCUAUAUUUCAUAUUCAUCGCAGUAAAAAACUAUGGUCAAAUCCAUUGAAGUUUAAUCCUGAUAGAUUUCAACUUGAGGAAAUUGCCAAACGGCAUAAAAUGACUUAUUUACCUUUUAGCUCUGGUCCAAGAAAUUGUAUAGGAUAUAAAUUUAGUACAACUUCUCUAAAAAUACUUCUAUUGACGAUUCUUCAGAAACAUGUAUUAGAAACUGAUGAUACAACACCAAUAGAAAAUAUUAAAGUAAAAACUAAUGUUAUACUUGAACCGGUGAAGCCAAUUAAAAUAAAAAUGAAAAAACUAAACAUAUAAAGGUUCUUAUUCUAGAAUUAUUAAUAUUUAUUAUUUCAUCUAUUUGUAAUUUUUACAACAUAAAAAUUAUUUACGAA